CACAGGACGAGAAUAUUCCUGCCAGAGGUUUAGGGUUUAUUGCUAGGGCGAUGGCGCUGCGAGGAAUUGCGCCCACCGGGGCGCUAUGGAGCCGAGUGUGGAUCUCUGCCGGGCUACGCGUCGAUCCUGGCUACCAGAUCAUGUCCCGGCCUGCCGUAUUCCAGCAAACCCGGUGCUUCGUCCAGAUGAGGACCAAGCUCAAUGUCGCGGACAACUCCGGCGCCAAGAUCGUCGGGUGCAUCCAGGCCAAGGCGCGCAAGAUCGGAGGCAGCAUCGGGGACGUGAUCGUGGCGUCGGUAAAGGAGGCCGCCAGCGGCAAGAAGAGGAUCAAGAAAUUCGAGAAGGAGAGCACCAAGGUGAAGAAGGGCGACGUCGUCCGGGCCGUGAUCGUGCGCGCGAGGAUGCAAAAGGGCCGCCGCGAUGGAUCGCACAUCCGGUUCGACGAGAAUGCGGUGGUGAUCAUCAACAAGGAGGGCGAACCCGUUGGAACGCGCGUCUAUGGCCCCGUCGCGGCGGAGCUCCGCGCGAAGAAAUUCGUGAAGAUCCUCUCGCUCGCCGACGAUGUCGUGUAGAAGGUAUAUGCCGGCAUCUCUUAACAGAAUAUGCCGGUAUUUGGCGGGAGAUUUUCCUCCGUUUGAUUUUAAA